UCUUCCUAAACGACGGAUUUGUUAGUGCUGUCUCAUUCGUCCCGCUGCUGCGCAGCUCUCCAACCCGGCGCGCCGACUUCUCCGCCUCUUCAGUUUCUCCCCACACAGCAGAGUCACCUAGUAGAGACCAGCUUUCUCCCACCAGGCUUUCAGGCAUCUCUUUCUGAACCUCUCUCUGGAGUUGUUGUUUUCUUUCUUUCUCAGAUGCAGUUUCUUGUCAGCACCCUGAUGCGUCUGACUCCUGCGCGCUCCACCCCGCCUGCCGGAGCGGAGGAGCGCUGGACCGGAGGGGCGCACCAGGAGGAGAGCUGAUGUGGCGCGGCAACGACAGAAACAGCUAAGAGUAACUCAAUUACAGCAGCCUUUAUUCACGGAAAUGACUUUAGACGACGUGGAGCAAGUGCACCGCUGUCACGCUCGCUUGUUGUGUUGAACAAAAGCUGUGCGCGUUGCUUGACUCGACUGUUUGCGCGCUGCUUUCAAAGUGAUGCCAGGUCGCUUUUGCAGUGUUAUUGGAGUUAAUGCAUGUGUGAUCACCCCUCUGCGUCCCGCUGAUCAGCCUCUUACACCUGACUCUGAGCGAUGGUCACUGAGGGUCACGUUUCAGCGCGACGCACUAAUCAAACUAUUGCGCUUUCUGGCUUUUACGACCGUGUCUUGAUUUACAGAUAACUUUUGAAGCUUGACCGAGCUACCGAGACCGCAAAAAACAAACAAACCAGAAGGCAUGGUUUCAGCCUGCACGGCGAGGCUUGUGGGACUUUACAAGUUGUAGUCCACUUUGAGGCAAAGAUCCAGAGCAUGAUCCAGUGAGAGGUGACAGGAGAAACAGUCGUGACAGGAAAAAAAAAAAAAAAUGCUCGGAAGUCCAUCCAACAACGGCGGCCUCAGAAUGCUCGUUCCCCCGGCGCCGAACGACGACAGGCGGGUAGAGUUCGUGGCGCUCACCGCCGUCCAGACCGAGCGGAGCGAGCCGUCCACCCCUGAGCGCGGACACCCGUCUCACCGCACGGGGCUCCUGGGCACCCCGCUGCCCGGACCGCCCGGACCCCGAGCCAACGCAUCCGCUUCAAGUAAGCGCUUCAGAAAGUUGCAAAACUGCCUUUACAACGUGCUGGAGAGACCGAGAGGAUGGGCAUUCAUCUAUCAUGCGUUCAUUUUCCUGCUGGUGUUCAGCUGCUUGGUGUUGUCCGUGUUUUCGACCAUUCCUGAGUACCAAAAGAUGGCCAACCAAGGCCUCUUCAUCCUGGAGUUUGUAAUGAUCGUGGUGUUUGGCUUGGAGUACUUCAUCAGGAUCUGGGCAGCUGGCUGCUGCUGCAGAUACCGGGGAUGGCAGGGACGCCUGAGAUUUGCCAGGAAGCCCUUCUGUGUCAUAGAUUUCAUCGUGUUUAUCGCAUCGCUGGCGGUGAUCGCCGCGGGGACGCAGGGCAACAUCUUCGCCACGUCAGCCCUGCGCAGCAUGCGCUUCCUGCAGAUCCUGCGCAUGGUUCGCAUGGACCGACGGGGAGGCACCUGGAAACUACUUGGCUCCGUGGUUUAUGCUCACAGCAAGGAGCUGAUUACAGCCUGGUACAUCGGUUUCCUGGUGCUCAUCUUCGCCUCCUUCCUCGUCUACCUGGCUGAGAAAGACAUCAACUCAGAUUUUGGCACCUAUGCAGACUCCCUCUGGUGGGGGACUAUAACUUUGACCACCAUUGGGUACGGAGACAAGACGCCUCGUACGUGGCAGGGACGACUUCUGGCGGCUGGCUUUGCCCUCCUGGGUGUCUCCUUUUUCGCCCUGCCAGCUGGAAUCUUGGGUUCAGGCUUUGCCUUGAAGGUUCAAGAGCAGCACCGGCAGAAGCACUUUGAGAAGAGGAGGAUGCCUGCUGCAAAUCUCAUACAGGCUGCAUGGCGUCUCUAUUCUACAGAUGCCAAACACUCGUAUCUAACAGCAACAUGGUAUUUCUACGACAGCAUGUUGCCUUCGUUCAGAGAACUGACGCUACUGUUCAGUCACCUCCAGCGACAACGCAACACCAAGAAGGUUCUGCAGAACUCCUACAACACGCUGCUGUCUGGGCUCCGGCCCUACAGCUCCCCCUAUCUGUCGAGGGACAGCAGUAAAAUGGGCUUCCGGGAUCGGAUCCGGAUGAACAACUCCCGUUCAUCCCAAACCAUCCGGAGCAAGGCUUCACCGCUGCCGCCCGGCUCCGGCGUCCGGCGCUCCCCGAGCCAGGAGAACGUCCCCGAAGCCACCAGCCCCGGAAAGGUCCAAAAGAGCUGGAGCUUCAACGACCGCACGCGCUUCCGCACCUCCCUUCGCCUCAAGCCGCGCCCACCCGUCGAUGUGGAGGGUGUUGGAGAGGAAAGCGUGGAAGACAAGUCGUAUUGCGAUGUGGCCAUGGAGGAGGUGAUUCCAGCUGUGAAGACGCUCAUACGAGCCGUAAGGAUUCUGAAGUUUCUAGUGGCGAAGAGGAAGUUCAAGGAGAUGCUGCGUCCAUAUGACGUGAAGGACGUCAUAGAGCAGUACUCUGCAGGACACCUGGACAUGCUGGGCCGCAUCAAGAGCUUGCAAAUGAGGGUGGAUCAGAUAAUUGGGCGAGGAGGUGUUCAGCCUGAUAAAAAAGUGCGACCCGAAAAAGGAGAGAAGACGCCUCCAGAACUGGACCCACUGGACGAGCUCAGCAUGAUGGGCCGUGUGGUGAAAGUGGAGAAACAGGUACAGUCUAUAGAAAACAAGUUGGACCUCAUGCUCAACUUCUACUCCCAGUGCUUGAAGAAAGGCUCCUCUCACAUCACGCUGUCCUCCCUCCUGGACCCCGACCUGACGUCUGACUACCACAGCCCCACGGACCACAGAGACCUUUUCCCGUCCGCUAACACACUGAACAUCUCCCAGUCUGACAGCGGGAACUUGGAAUGACAAUGGGACACAGACCCUAACCCCAUACAGUAUGUUCUCCUUAGGCUGAGUCCUCUCAUCCCAAACGUCCCCUUUAAUUCAGAUCCGUUAUGAUUGCCCCUCCCAUCUCAAGCCUCCGUCCUCAGCCCUUUAUCCUGGAGUGAAUGUUUCUGGAGCUGGUCAGACAUUGGCCACUAGGUGGCUCCAGCUGACGAGGAGCCUCAGCCAAAGCUGCUCACCGCACACGCCUCUCAACUCACUGGAUGAGGAAAGUACUUGACUACUGAAGCAGUCUCACCCACUCACAUCAGGCUGUAUAUCUAAACCUACUUUAAAACUUUAAUUGUAGACAGACUGUGGAAGGAAGUUUUGCAGAUAUCUGGAGGAAUCGUCUCUUUCCUCUUUUAUUGUCCGGUUUUAUUUUUCCUUGGGCGCUUCAAUCGACUGAAAGUCCCUUUCCGACAUUAGGGUGACAACACAGUUUUUCAUGCUGUGGUGAAUGUAGCUGUUCUUUUGUUCAAGAGAAACUGCAAUGCAAGAACAAGAGCCAUCGACACAUGAAGGAAAAACACAGUUGGACCUGGAUCAGCUGCAUCGGCACAAGGUCCCACCCAGCGAGGGAAGUUCUGUUUUCCAGAUCUGACGUUAAUCACCCAAACGUUUCACAUGAGGACAGAGUGAAAAUAAUGUGCUGGAUUGACUGUGGAUUUGGACUGUACCUUCGUGUAAAUUGUUGUUUGUUUUCACUUGUAUUUCCUCUUUAGGAAGUCUGGUCUCCAACAAGCCCAACAGCAAAAACAAAAAGAAAAAAAAAAGACACAUGUUGUUUCCAGCUCAGCUGGCAUUGUAUUGAGGAUUAUGUAGGAUUUAAUAGAGCCGUGGUGGUCCGUUGUAAUUCUCAAAUCUCUCUUUUGCAAUUUUUCCAGACUACUGUGCGAACUACGACCGUUUUAGUGACAUACAUUUUCACUUAUAAAACAAAACCUCCAGAAGUCUCUGUCUUGCAGCCCGUAAUCCGGCCAUAUUUAUUCAUCAGACUUGCUUUUAAAGGGAUAGUCCAGAAUUUUUGAAGAGAAGUUCUGUAAAAACAUAAUGAAAGGUCACUAUAUCUGCUGGAUCCCGGUUCUCUUGGUGUCUUUGUUUUGUUUAAAUCCAGAUCUUUGGACCCAGGGGAUAAAUGUCUAAUUUAGCAAAUGUACAUACUAACUGGCAAAAUUUAUAUCUCUUGUAUAUUUAAGGUAAACAAAAUAAUUUGCUUUCUUAGAUAAUAUUAUAUAAGUUCUGGCUUAUUAUAUUAAUUUUAGUCCAAACAACUAUAAAGACUACAAACAUAAUCAUGUUUUUCAAUAAAUUCAGGGUUGAACAUCGCCAACAACCAACAUUUAAAGUCAUGACUAAUCAUAAAUGUAUUUCAAGCUUCUUUGGUUUAAAUUUGUUAAAUUAAAUAAUUGACUUUAAUGAAACUUUUGAUGUCAGUUCUAUUUAUAGGAAAUCACGACAGGUUCUGUCUGGCAUUCAUCUAAACUUUUCAAGCAAAACAAGCUGGCAACGUCACAUUCUUGUGAGGUGAAGACUCCAGCAACACUUGAACUACUAGGAAACAACUUCAUUUGAAAGCCAACACAUUUCAGCUUGUGGCCUUCAUCAGGGUCACGUUCCUUCCAUGUUUUGAAAUUUUUUUUCCCAAGAGUUAUUUUUGACUGGAUCUAAAGACCAGCAAGGAUACUUUGAAGUGACUUGAAGAAAAACUCUCUUUGAGUCAGAGGUCACAAAUCUAGUGAUGCGUUUGUGUGCUGCAACUCCAAACUGCUCUGAUGCGUUAAAAGUUGGAGCCUUUAAAAUGCUAGAAGACAACUUUGGUUUCAACCCCCUUUCAAAAUAGCAUUAGCUUCAGUCUCUGGGUCCUGCAAGUCUGUAUUUACCCUAAACGAAGACAGCAAGAAAAUGAGUUAUCUCUUUUAAGAUAUUAACUCAUUGUUAAUUGUUACAGAACUUCAAUUAAAAGAACUCUGACAACUUAGAUCCUCAAUAUGAAUUUAGACGGACUAUGCUGAACGCAGUUUUCUGCACUGCUUUUCAUCACUCAUAUCUGGCCUCAAGUCAGGUAAUACCUCACAACCUGUGUCACAAGGGUGGCACAGUUCCUGCAUCAGAUGUCACAUGCACUUAAAGAUAGCACAAGCACAGUUCUGAACAAUGAAUGAUGCUCAAGAAAUCCAGGUCUAUUGCAUGACUUUCAGAUUAUCAUUAGUGCACGUUCCAUUAAGACGCUUCAGAACAAAAGGGUAUGCAGUUGAUCAUUAAAAUGUUACAUGCAGACAAACACGAACAACGAAAGCAAUUCCUUUAUUGGCACUUCAUAAACGGAACGCCAUUUUGUUGUUUAAUUUAGCCUCUGGCUAUUUCCAUGUAUUUAAUUUGACAAAACAUGUAAAAAAAAAAAAAAAAAUCUGUUUUUUUUUAAAGUUUUGUGGUUGCUGACGUAAAUUUAGCAUUUGUGUUAUUUUUUUAGACAUAAACUACACAGCUGAUCUGGCCCACAGACUCAUUGAUCUUGAACAUGGAUGUCGUGUUCAGUGUAUGUUCAUAUCCUGCCUGCAACAGCUAAAAAAAAAUCCCUUCUUUGUUUUUGUCCAGUGAGAAAUUCUUCCGUCCCCAGUCACGUCCAGCUGACUCAGGUGCUCCACUUUUCCAUUUAAGUGAGACAUUUAAACAGUGAAUGUACUUCAUUGCUCGGCCUGUUCAGAUCUAUUUCUGCUCCAAUGGCUCUUGACGCUAGAAGUCGCUUUAGGCACCAUCCAAGUUUUCUGCUUAUUUCCAUGGAACAUACUUGGAUAGCUUUAUUUCUAGGGACUGAAUUACUGCAGAGAUCCCUGUUUAUUAGAGGCAGUGUUACCAUGAAUGACGCUGUUAUUCAUGAUAAUUAAUGGAAGAUCACAUUAUUGCAUGUUGUUCCUAAUGUGGCCCCCGUAUUAG